AUGAUGGACAUUCCUGAUGUAAUCAUAGAUAAUGGUUCUGGGCUCUGCAAAUCCGGGUUAGUUGGUGACAGCAUUCCAACAUCAGUCAUACCAUCCAUUGUAGGUACCUUCAAAGUCAAGGGAAACACACGUGAAGCAUCCCAUACAGAAAUGUAUUUUGGAAAAAAGGCUCUAGCUAAAAGAGGUAGUGGGUGCUUAAAACACCCUAUUGAGCGUGGUACAGUAACCUCCUGGGAACUUUUGGAAAAGCUUUGGAAACAUGUUUACACAUCUGAACUUCACAUAAAACCAAAAGAGAGGCCAGUUUUGAUAACUGCUGCUCCAUUGACUUCCUUCAUUGACAGAGAAAGGAUGACAGAAAUUAUGUUUGAAUGUUUUAAUGUGCCAGCUAUGUACGUGGCUAUUCCUGCAACUCUGGCACUCUAUGCAUCAGGACGAACGAGGGGAAUAGUCCUUGAUAGUGGCUUUGGAUUAACGGAUGCUGUACCCGUUUAUGAAGGCUACUACCUGCCCGAUGCUGUCAAAAGACUUAAACUUGCUGGAAAUGACAUCACUGAAAGUGUGAGGAGACUUCUAUUGGAAAAUGGUCAUAACAUCUCAAAUACAAUUCCUAAGGAGACCUUUGAGAACAUCAAAGAAACAUUGUGCUAUAUUGCUCUAGAUCCCCAGCUGGAGAGCAAAAGUCAAACAGAUGGCAUUCAACAGGAAUAUACACUCCCUGAUGGAAAUCUGAUCACACUCCAAAAGGAACUCUUCAAAGCACCAGAACUACUCUUCACAACUUCCAUUGUAGGUUUGGAAGAACCUGGAAUUCAUAAGUUGAUCUAUGAUAGUAUUUCAAAAUGUGACAGAAGCUUGAGAAAAGAUCUCGUUAGCAACAUUUUACUAUCUGGUGGUUCUACUCUUUUCCUGGGUCUGGAAGAAAGAUUGCUGAAGGAGAUUAAAUUCCAAGUUCCCAGUGGAUUACAAAUUAAAGUCAUUGCACCACCAAACAGGAAUAAUUCUGUUUGGAUGGGUGCCUCAAUUUUAACCAGCUUGACAGCCUUUAAGGACAUGUGGGUCACGAGUAAUGAUUACAGGGAUUAUGGGCCAGCUAUCAUUAACAAAAGAUGUUUCUAG